GCUGUAUGACCGGCGGUACCUGAACGCGGCACGGUACAGUUGGUCUUUCCUUCGCCACAGUCACAGUGUCUAGAAUCCGGACUAUACGUCGAGAUGCCGGCGGACAUAAGCCAGUGGACCGGGCCGCUCUCCCUGCAGGAGGUGGACGAGAAGCCGGCACAGCCUCUGACAAUCAAAUACGACUCCGUGGAAGUAGACGAGCUCGGCAAAGUGCUCACGCCGUCACAGGUGCAGCGCAGACCGACCGCCAUCGACUGGGAAGGAUGCGACCCCAGUAAGAUGUACACUUUGGCCCUGACCGACCCCGACGCCCCCAGCAGGAAGGACCCCAAAUUCAGGGAGUGGCACCACUUUCUGGUGGUCAACAUGAAAGGGAACGACGUGUCCUCUGGUUGCGUGGUGUCCGACUACGUGGGCUCUGGUCCUCCCAAAGGCACAGGUCUCCACAGGUACGUGUGGCUGGUGUACGAGCAGCCCGCCAGCCUGUCCUGCGACGAGGCCGUCCUCACCAACCGGUCCGGAGACGGCCGCGGCAAGUUCAGGGUCCAGAGCUUCAGGCUGAAGUACAAGCUGGGAGCCCCGGUGGCAGGAACCUGCUACCAGGCCGAGUGGGACGACUACGUUCCCAAACUCUACGAGCAGCUCGCCGGAAAGUAACGAACGCAGGCUUAAAAAAAAAACCGGCAAAAAGCUUUUGCUUCUGAAUAUGUUAAUUUUCACCGUGCAAUCGAAAUGCCUUCUGAUCCUGUGGUGACAUGAAAGUAGCUUUAUAAUUUACAUUUGGAUUAUAUUACUACAGUUGGCUGUUCCCUGGCUGGACAGUUAAGGCGGUCAGGAGUCCUUGUCGUGACCUUUUACCCAACAUACCUUCAGUGACCUUUGCUCGAGAUGUGAUUUUUACCCGCCUGAUUCCACUCCAUGACUGAAUCAUUACAGUACGUUAAAAUACUGCGGCUGGAUCUCCGGAUGAGUGUUUUACUCAAUGUUCAAUAUGGAGUUUUAUGAAUUGUUUGUAAAACAUUGAAAGAGACUCAAACAUAUUUAAUAUGUGCCGUUUUCUUA